AUUUAUUUCAAGAUAUAAUGUCAACUUCUCAUGAGGCGUAUUUAGAAACAGACUCUUUCAUAUCGGGGUCCUGACAAAGGAAGUCGCACACGAACGGCAGCCUUUGGUUUCUUUGCGAAACCCCAAUAAACAGCGACGAUAUAUCAAAAUAAACAAAACUACCGCGUGAACUAUGAUCUUCAGUCACUUCAGCGAAAUUUGUAAUUGUGCAAACAUGAUAAAAGACAUGCAUAUAUGUGAAGAAUGGUGCAUUUGAGGAGUGUGCGGAUUUAGCACUGGACUAUUGUUGUUCCUCAUGUCAUGCCAGCCUGAACUUAAAGAGACCACUAGCCUUCUGUUGUACCUGCUGAACCUUUCCGAAAUGAUUCUGGCUUCACUAAAAGGAUAGAUCAUAUGCAAAAAAAUUGAUGAAUUCAAACAUUAAUGCUGUGAAUAAAUAUAACAAGACUACUGCAUGAAGUAUCCCAUCAGCAGGUGAAUGAAGGGUCGUCAUUGAGAUGGUGUAGGAGGAAUUGAUAAUCAAUACAGUGAUCAGAGCAUCGACAGAGAAGAUGGACAAGAAAUCCUUUGAUAUCGUCUUGGACGAGAUUAGAAAGUGUGUUUUGACAGAUCAGCGAAUCAAAGCUAUAGAGCAGGUUCAUGGGUAUUUCUCCAGUGAACAGGUGAUUGACAUUUUGAAAUACUUUUCCUGGGCAGAGCCACAAGUAAAGGCAGUCAAAGCCCUGCAGCAUAAAAUGGUUGCAAUUCCAACAACGAAGGUUGCAAACAUCCUUAAUUGUUUCACAUUCUCAAAGGACAGAAUUAUUGUACUAGAACUCAUAGCUCUAAAUAUUUCUGAUGCCCAAAAUUACCGUCCCGUGGAGGAUGCGUUCCGUACUCACCUCGCUGAGAGGAAGCGUGCAAGAAGAAUCUUAGAGCAGGUGUGUAAGGUGGGAUGUAAAGCUCCAGUGGCGAUGAUUUCAUCCUGUGGGAUGAUCCCAGGCAACCCUUACCCCAAAGGCAAACCCAGCCAGGUCACUGGAACAUUCCCUGGAUUGCCUGCCAAAAAGGAUGGAGAUGAUGCAACCCUGGAUGGAAAGGGCAUUGCUGCACGCAUCCUUGGACCAAGCAAACCGUCACCAUCAACGUACAAUCCACACAGACCUGUGCCAUACCCUAUCCCGCCAUGUAGGCCACAUGCAACCAUCGCUCCAAGUGCGUACAACAAUGCAGGUCUGGUGUCAGUGGGUGGGGUCAUCACUGCCAGUGUGCCACCCCCACCCUACCGAGCCACUCCCAAUUUGGCAGGUACAACGUGCAGUUGCUAUCUAAGUGUGAAUUUUGAGAGCACAAAUGUGCAGAAAUUUCCCUCUACCCAGUCACAUUCAGUUAUCCGUAGUUACACACCCUCAGGGAUGUCCUCUCUCACUCCUGGACGCUCUACUCCCAACAUGCAAGGUGUUGGUGGAUUACCAGUGCCACCUGCAGCUCCAAGUCCUAAGCCCUCUUCUGGACUGACCUCCCAGGCAACAAUGAGUAGCCCUGCUUUGUUUAGCGAGCAAAUUGCCAGCUCCAUGGCCCGGCACGGCGGAGGUAGUGGAAGCAACAGUCCUGUUCCUUCCGCUUUCAAAGGUCCCUCCCGCUCGGGCACCCCUUCUCUUAGCUCUCUAGUAAUGCCUAACUCUACUGUUCUUGCCCGACCCAUGGGCAUGGCCCAUGGUUCUGCCUCGCCACAAUCUUCUUUACCCAGCACUGCUGGUGUAGCUGAACUCCACAGUCUUUACUCUGCUCUGGGCUCUCAAUCUGGAAGCAGCCCUACUCCUCAUUUUCCAGCAAUGUCUCCUUUCCCUGGAACCCAGUCCUCCAUUUCCGCCCCAUCCACUCCUACUCCUCCAGUCUCAUCUGUAUAUUCUGGCCUGGCUCACUCAAGCACUCCCACACCCUCCCCCUUUGGCCUGGGAUUGACCACAGCUCCCUCCAUGUUCCCGGGUAUUCCUCCUGGCCCAAACCCUGCUUUCCCAGGUUUUGGAGGCUCAGGGCCCACUGCAGCAGGUAGUCCAGUGCUGUCCUCCUUAAUGGGCCUUCCAGGAGCCGCUUCUUCAGUAGCCACCGUUGCACCUCUCCAGGCAGCAGCAGCUGCCGCAGCAGGAGUCCCCUCCUCUUCUCCUGUGCUUCCUGGAUUCGCCUCUGCAUUCAGCUCUAACUUCAACCCUGCCCUUGCUGGCCAGGCUGGGCUAAGUGGUAGUCUCCAGGCCCCUGGAGUUACAGCUUUCCCAGGGCUGCUGUCUUUCCCCCCAGGGAUGCCCAGCUUCUCCACGACAGCAUCUCCUGCUGCCCUCUCUGGUCUUCACAACUCCGGCAUGCAAUCUGCUCUUUUGCAGGCUCACUCUGCAUCAGCGCUCGACAGUUACUCUCCCCAGCCGAAUGGAUUCACAAACUACACUGCAGCCGUUGGAUCGAGCUUCCCUCUGCAGCCAGGCCUGCAUCCGCCACUGGGCUGGCAGUAACUCAUUGUGAGUUACAGAGUGCAGGCAUAUCAAAAACUAUGCAACCUAGUGUGUGCAGUGUGCAUAAACAAUGACAAACAUUGUGGACUGUGGUGCUCUGCAUGGAAAAAGGUGUGUCAUAACUAGGGCUGCACGAUAAAUCGCAUGCGAUAUUUAACGCGCAUCUUAUCAGUAAA